GAUAUCUGUCAUUGUUGUGUUUGACGUUUAUCGUAAAUUUUGCAAAAAUUGCAAUAUUCCCGAAUAAACUCGCAUUUUGCGUGUUUUGUUGAAUAAUAUUAAAUCUACACGGUUUAUUUAGAUAACAAUUUUUUGCCGGUAAAUCAUGGCAUUUUCCAUGUUCCUAAGAAACUCAGCAUGCACAAACCGUGUGUUCACACAGCAGCUGAUGCGGAUGGCGUCGCAGGCGACCCUCACGCAGACCCCGAGGCUCCUCGGUAACUCCACAGCCCUCGCCGCACCCGCCUUCAAACAAACCACCACCACACCUCUACUGGAUGCUGUCCGAUCAUUCCGCACAUCAGCCCCGAGGCUCUCCGAGAAGGGCUCCGACCACGCCAAGCUGUGGGUCAUCGAGAAGUCGGUGACGGUGGCCAUGCUGCCACUCAUCCCCCUCGGCCUGGCCUUCCCCAGCAAGAUCAUUGAUGCUAUUGUAGCUGUCCUCAUCACGGCCCAUAGCUUCUGGGGCCUAGAAGCGAUAGCAGUGGACUACGUCCGAGCCGCCAUCUUUGGUCCUUUCAUCCCUAAAGUGGCCAUCGCUCUGGUCUACCUGAUCUCCAUCGCGACCCUGGGAGGGCUCUUCUACAUCAUCAGCCACGACGUCGGCCUCGCUAACACCUUCCUUCAACUGUGGGCCGUCAAGUCGCAGAAAGCGUAAAGUGGUGCAACCUUGUCUAACAAAUGUAAGGGAUAGCUUGGUUUGGGUAAUGGUUUAGUCUUUUGUUAAAAGGUUUAUUAAAUCGUUGCUAAAGUUAAAGGUAUUUCUUAUAUUUGGUAGACUAUCUCGAUGAAUAUUGCCGCUUUAGCCAAUUCAUGUGAUGAGAAACUUGAGUUAUUGAGUUCUUUUUUUAGAUAUGAAUUUUGAAAAAUAAUCAAGUUUUUUUAAGUCAUAUGGAUUGGAUGGGCGGGUAAAUUAUGGCAUUUGGUCUUUAUUAGCAGUAAUAGAAUUAUGGUACAUUAGCCCAAAUUAAAAUUAUUAGGUACUUUUAUAAAAUAUAUGUAUUGAUGAAUUUGGUAAAAUCUACACAUACAUGAAAGCUUCAUGUAAACAAUGAUAAGUAUUGCUCAGACUGCACAAAUAAAAUAUUACUGCUAAUAUCGAUCGGAAAUAGAAUUAUUAUUAAGAGAAGUUGAACAGGUACUUAAAACGGCCAUCAGUCGUGAAAAAAAACCUAAAUUUUAGUAUUAUUUACUAAUUAAUUGGCAUCAGUCUACCAUCAUGAAAUUACACGAAAUCAUGUAUCUGUAUUUUAUUUAUUUCUAGUUUAAUAAAUGAUGAAUCAGUUA